ACAACUUUGUUCAGGGCACACACCAACACCGCCGCCGCAGUUUGAUUAUUUUGCUAUUUGAAGCAAACAAAUUGUUAGAGAAGUGACGGGCUCGCAAUCCGUGGCGUUGCCGCCGGGUCGCUGGUCGCUGGUCGCUGGCCGCCUAUGGCAGAUCGGCACCGAUGUGUUAUACUCCUUGAAUGUAGGAGCUGCCUACCACACAUAUGCUAAACAAAAUCGCAGCCAAAAACCGCAAUCGCAAUCGAAAUCGAAGUUAAAGUUAAUUCAAAAAAAAAGAGCGUAUACGAAUUGGAGACAAUAAGUACAAAAAAUUGGAAUUAAUAAUAAUCUACGAUAAUAGCAUAACAAAAUUCCAUAACAACCCCGCCGAAAUCUGAUGAUGCCUCCAACUCAGAAACACAAUUGUAACGUAGUGUAAUCUAGAUAUAAAGUGGAACAAGAAAAUACAUCAACAUGCACCAGUACAAAAAUCCAACAACGAAAUAAACAACAAAACAUAGUUAAUUCACGAGUUUAUGACAGUGAAUAAAUAACAUAAAAAUAGUCAAUUGUUCAGUGCUUUCUUGGUUUUAUUUAUCCAAUGAGAAUACGGUAUAAGUGCGCUAUAAUCGGAGCAGCCAAAAUCUGAAUACGCUUUGACAAUAAUCAUUACGAUAAUUAUACAAAAUGAUGCUAACAACGGAACACAUUAUGCACGGACAUCCCCAUUCGUCCGUCGGCGUGGGGGUGGGCCAAAGUGCACUGUUCGGCUGUUCGACAGCGGGACACAGCGGAAUUAACCAGCUAGGAGGCGUCUAUGUGAACGGCAGACCCCUGCCCGAUUCCACACGCCAGAAGAUUGUCGAGCUGGCACAUUCCGGCGCUCGGCCAUGUGAUAUUUCUCGAAUACUUCAAGUUUCCAAUGGCUGCGUUAGCAAAAUCUUGGGCAGAUAUUAUGAAACUGGAUCGAUAAAACCCCGAGCGAUAGGUGGUUCAAAGCCGCGAGUGGCUACGACGCCCGUCGUCCAAAAAAUUGCCGAUUACAAAAGAGAAUGUCCGAGCAUAUUUGCGUGGGAAAUUCGGGAUCGGCUGCUAUCGGAGCAAGUAUGCAAUAGUGAUAAUAUUCCAAGCGUUUCAUCUAUUAAUCGGGUGCUGCGCAAUUUAGCGUCGCAGAAGGAGCAGCAGGCGCAGCAGCAGAACGAGUCCGUGUAUGAGAAGUUGCGAAUGUUUAAUGGACAAUCCGGCGGAUGGGCCUGGUACCCGGGCAAUACGACGACGGCGCACUUGGCACUGCCGCCCACGCCCACGGCAGUGCCAACGAAUUUAUCUGGCCAGAUAAACCGAGAUGAGGUGCAAAAGCGCGACCUCUAUCCAGGUGAUCUGUCGCAUCCCAAUUCGCAUGAGAGCACAUCGGAUGGCAAUUCGGAUCACAACUCUUCCGGGGACGAGGACUCGCAGAUGCGUCUGAGACUGAAACGGAAACUGCAGCGAAAUCGGACUUCAUUCACAAACGAGCAAAUCGACAGCUUGGAAAAAGAAUUCGAACGGACGCAUUACCCGGAUGUCUUCGCACGGGAGAGGCUUGCAGAAAAAAUUGGUUUGCCAGAGGCACGUAUUCAGGUUUGGUUUUCGAACCGACGCGCCAAAUGGCGUCGAGAGGAAAAGCUGCGCACCCAACGACGCUCCGUCGAUAAUGGAGGCGGUGGCAACAGCAGCCGCGCAAGCACAAAUAAUCCCGCCGGAGGCACCGGUCCGGCCAAUGGUACAACGGCGAACAGUUCGACGCCCGGAAUCGCAGGAUCCUCCGUUUCAGAGGGAGCAUCAGCAGCUCACGCUGGCAACAACAACAAUAACCUGGCUGAAUCCUCCAAUGGACCGACAAUACACGGCGGCGAUACAGGCAAUGCCCAUACCAACUCCGAAAGCCCACCUUUGCAGGCCGUAGCACCCCGCCUACCCCUAAACUCUGGUUUCAACACAAUGUACUCAUCCAUCCCGCAACCGAUCGCAACCAUGGCCGAAAGUUACAACUCGAUGACGUCAUCAUUGAGUUCAAUGACGCCCACAUGCUUGCAACAAAGGGAUAGUUAUCCAUAUAUGUUUCACGAUCCUCUGUCCCUGGGAUCUCCUUAUGCUGCCCACCCUCGGAACACAGCCUGCAACCCGGCAGCAGCUCAUCAGCAGCCACCACAGCAUGGGGUCUAUGGCAACAGCUCCGCAGUAAGCACAGCCAAUACAGGUGUAAUAUCUGCUGGCGUUUCGGUACCUGUACAAAUAUCGACUCAGAAUGUAUCCGAUUUGACUGGCAGCAAUUAUUGGCCGCGACUUCAGUGAUCCUCGAUCUUUAAUUUGCCCACAGAGCUGCUCUCGAAGGCCGCAGCUGCGGCUGCCGUGGCCGUGGCGCAUGUUGUCGAAGAACAAGCCCAAACAGUUGCCGGCAAUAAGCCGUCUAUGGACAACCCACCAAUGCUAUUACCGCAAAUGGCACCCAGCUCAUCCCUUUACUUCAAUCUAACCGAAUCGACAAUGAGCCAGAACCUAACGCCACCUACCACACCGUCCGUCACAUCCCCAGCCCCAAUGAUUGCCGGAACGGGAUCGGAAUCGGGUGUCACUUUUCAUCCCAAUGCCCAAUCUCAAGUAUUUCAGCAUCCCUUCCAUUCGUCCGCCUACAGUCAUCCACUUUUCUAGCCAGACAACGAAUUGAUGCAUGAAUUAGUCAUCUCCAAGAGAGUUUUCUUAAGUUAAAUCUAUUUUGUGAAUUGAUUAAAGUAAUAAAAAAAAACUUUAACAACUUUAAUAAUCAUUUCUUACAUAGAACAUUAUUUGAACGAAAUGCUAGCGAAUAAAGAGGUUAAAUGUAAUUGAGAACAACCCAAAUGAUCUGAUAUAAGCUCGGGCAGGUAGACCUAAAAUUCUUAUAGGAUAUUAAUAAAUAUUUAUGAAAAAUGUAAAUAGCACGCUUUAAAUUUAGUUCUUCUCGAAAAGUUCUUGCUUUAAGUUGUUUAUAAAGUUCUAAUUAAAUUUAAUUUAAAUUAAAGUCUUGCAUUUAAUUUUUUACAUGAUAUGAAGAGGCCACAGAUUAAUGAGAUAAUUUUCCUAAGGAGCUAAAACAAAUGUAGCCCUACUUGAUUUUUUGUACAUGUAUGUAGGUUAAAAUAAUGAUAAACAUGAGAAUAGCACAGAUUCAUAUUUUCCGAGCUCGACUUCAUUUUUGUACAUAGGCUAAAAUAAGAACUUAUACUUGUGUACUUCAAAAGUUAAGAAUUUCCAGUUCAUCUCUCAAAUACGAUUAAGCCAAAAAGUAACAUAGAUUAUCGCUCGCCAGAGGGGAGAAGAACAACAUACUUUACGAAUACAAAAAUAUAAUCGAAAAGAAUUGCAACGAAACUAAUUAUUAUUCAAUUCUAAAAAUUAUAAUUAUGCCAACCAUUCAUUUACACCUCCCUAGCAUAAGACUUAAGUUAAAUAAAAUGAAUGAAAAUUACGAAAUAGAUGUAUAUGUGCUGAUUGUAUUUAACCUAUGGUUCGAAUUUAUAUGUAGAAACAACAAUCGAUGUAACAUUUUAGUGUUAGUCU